GGCAUGACGACCAACACAUCCACUAAAACUAGUUUGAGUAUGAAGCUUCUGAUAGACACAAAGGGAAAGAAAGUGCUGUUUGCAGAAGCUUCUAAAGAAGUGGUGGAUUUUCUCUUUACCUUGCUUCAGUUGCCACUUGCUACCGUCGUCAAGCUUUUAACCAAGGAAGUUGCCGUUGGUUGCUUAGGUAAUCUGUAUUCUAGCGUUGAAAACCUGAACCAUAUUUACAUGCAAUCAAAUCUAUCUAAGGAUCUUCUCCUUAGUCCAACCGUUCUUGGCCCUACUUCACCUUCCAUCUCCUGCCUCCUCCCUUCAGCUGCUGGAAUGAUAACGCCAAAGCUGUACGGGUGCAACAAUAGUAACUGCAAUACUAUAUCAGAUUUGUAUAACUCUUUUUGUGGCACUUGUACGAAAUAUCCUUAUUAUAAUACGACGAAGGAAACGACCUAUAUCAAGCGUAACACAACCAAUCGAUUGAAUUGAGACCUCAUGUUGUUUUGAAGUAUUUAAUCGAUUGGGUAUUAUAAGCAAUUGAUUGAAUUAUUAAAAAUUCACAUU